AUGCCAGUAGAGGCAGCAACCGACAACCCUGAGAGCCGCUACCCUGUACGUCGUAGUGGCAGACAGUCAAAGCGUACUGACAAAUUGGAGGAAUUUCUCUCUACUACUAAGAGAGCGCUAAGAAAAAGUGCUCCUCCAACCCUUGAAAGUGGAGAUCCUCCUUCACAAACCCCUACUGAUGCAGAAACUGCCUCUGAGGCCAGCUUUGAUGGUAAUGCAGACACAAAGACAGAGGACAAGCCUGAGUCGUCUGAAAGGAGAACUAGAAGUAGUACGAGGGAGCAGACUCUAAGGUCAACUCGUCUAAGCAAAUGGACCCGACAAGUAGACAGUGCCGCAGUCAAAGAUGAAGGAAGCUCUGAGAAUGAGGACAGCGGAGAUGGGGAUGAGCCGCAGAGAAAAGAUCCAGUGAAAACAGGCAAAGGUGCCGUAGCUGUCUCUAAAACAGAGGAUGGAAACACCAAUAAGGAACAGCACCAAUCUGAAUUAAGUAUAGAGAAAAAAGAUGGUGAAAAUAAGCAAGAUGUCAAAGAACCAGCUCAGGAGGACACCAAAAAUGAGGACGAGAACACGGAAAAUCCUGGGUUGCUGGUAAAGCGUGGCCCAAUAAGAACCUAUAUUAACAAAAAAAGGGCCGCGAAAGGGAGCAGUACCUCUGUCAAGGCAUCGGCUCCUGUGCCAGCUGUUACCAAGAAAAGCAAGUCUCAGGAAGAGCAGGACAGUGAUGAUGAUGAUGAUUCUUCUUCCUCAUCUUCAACCAAUGAUUCUGAUGGAGGAUAUGACCCCAAUGCACUUUAUUGCAUCUGUCGGCAGAAACACAACAAAAGGUUCGUCUUGUUCAUGAUCUGCUGUGACCGCUGCGAGGAGUGGUUCCAUGGAGACUGUGUCGGCAUCACAGAGGCUCGGGGGCGUCUGAUGGAGAGAAAUGGCGAGGAUUACGUCUGCCCCAACUGUACUGCUAAGAAAAGCCAGGUGAUCAGGCCUGCCACCUCCAUGCUGUCGCUGAGCACGGACUUGAAGACCAAAGCUGGUGCCACAUCUCUAGUUCCUGCUGUUAUUGCCGACUCAGUUCCCAUGGCACGUUCAGUAGUGGCAGUGCAGCCACCCUCAACAUCUGCUGGGAAUGACGACAAAGGAGUGGAGGACGUCGGUAUAAAAGGCAGGAUUGAGAAAGCCACAAAUCCUACAGGAAAAAAGAAGAUAAAAAUCUUUCAGCCGACAGUACAGCAGCCAACACCACCAAACGCUGACCAGAAGAGGGCGCCAGUGCCAGAAAAGACAGCGGGCCCCACGCCAGAGCCAAAAACAGCUCACGAGAUGGAACAGGAGAAGGUGGCUUCCAACGUGGAGGUGAAAACAACUACUGAGGCAGAAGAGGCUGGAGAACCAGUGAGAACAGAGGAUGUUUCACUUCCAAAAUGCAUCGGUCCUGGCUGCGAGAGCAAUGCUCAACCAGACUCCGUGUACUGUGGAAAUGACUGCAUUCUGAGACAUGCUGCUGCUGCCAUGAAGUCAUUUACUGAAGUCAAAGAGCCUAAGGGCAAAGCCCAGAAAUCAACCUCUGCAUCAAAGGGGGGAGCAGCCAACCGGACCAGGGCCCAGAAGGAGAGCAGGGAGGCUUCAGGGAGCGACGGAGAUGACGACGACGUUCCUGAUGAGGAUGACGAAGAUGCACACGCUGUGGAAGAGCCGCCGCCACCUACCACUGCGUCCUGGUGCAGCGACCAUAAUUACAUUGCAGUACCACCUGAAAAGACUACACCCAUAUCACCAACAGUGUUAAACAAAAAGUCCCCACCCAAAGAAGAAAAACAGACAAAGAAACCUGUCCCAGCUCAUGGGAAACCCUCCAGUGAUUCCAAGACUCCUGCCAAAGGGAAGAAGGCCAUGGCAACAAGGGCAUCAUCCAAGGUGCCUCCAAAAGUCAAGAAGCCAGCCCCCCAGUCCGGCAGUUCCAAGGCACCCAAGAGGUCGGCACCUACUCCCAGUAAAUCUGCAAUGAAGUCCAAGAAGCCACGGACGACCUCCACUCCUGCCCCACCUCCUCCCCCAUCUCCUUACCCUCCCGGUCCAAUCCAUGUCACAGGAGCACUGAGAGUCACAAAGACCAACUUUACCAUUCCAAAGAAGCAACCUCAACAAAAAGACUCGCCGCCCCGUCAUCAGUCUUCGUCAUCCACUAGAGUCCCAUCAUCUCCAGUUUCUUCAGUUCCCCCUAGUCACUCUUCUCCAAGGCCUCACCAUUCAAGUUCUUCGGCAGCCUCUGCAUCCCCUGUACCACCCCCAAACCACCAGAUGAGACAAAACAUCCGUCGAUCUCUAACAGACAUUCUUUACAAGAGGGUGAGCGACAGUGAUGAUCUGAAAAUGACGGAGAGCGAAGUUGCGCGGCUAGCAGUUGCCAUUGAAAAAGAGAUGUUUAACCUCUGCCUAAGCACUGAUAGCAAGUACAAAAACAAGUAUCGGUCACUCAUGUUCAACCUCAAGGACCCGAAAAAUAAAGGCUUAUUCUACAGGGUGAUUGGAGGUGACGUUUCCCCUUUCCGACUGGUAAGGUUGAGUGCUGAAGAAAUGAUUUCCAAGGGGAUGUCUGAGUGGAAGAAGCCUGACCCACCCCAGUCCUCAAGUGGAAGGUCCCAUUCAGGUCAUUCCAAAUUGGGCAAUAGGUAUGACUCUCAUAGCAUGGAUGUGGAGGAUGCACCACCCCCAUCAGAUACAGAUGUAUGUAUCUCUGCCACAGCCUCCUCUUCUCGCAUGACUUCUGCUGUAGACCAAGAAGAGCCUAGUCUCACCCCUUCAGCUGCACCUCAGCCGUCUGCUGUUGAGGGUAGCAGUAGUAUGCCAGAUAUUUUCAGUAGCAUGCUCAAGGAUACAACGCCAGAGCACAGGACUCAUUUGUUUGACCUCAACUGUAAAAUAUGCACAGGUCAGAAAACAGAAGAUGAGCUUGACGCUAAGAAAACUAAACCCACAAAGAAACCUGACCCAUCCAGGCAAGAGAUGCAUGCAACCAGCGCUGUCAGCCAACAGCACCAGCAGGUGUUCCCUCCACCAUACCAGCCUGGAAUAGAACCAGUAGUUCUGGAGUCACAGACUCAAAUUUACCAAGAAGACCCUAACAAUUUGGCCCCACCUGUGCAGACCCCACAGACUAUUGCCCCCACUGUUUCUUCUGUCAGCAUCACACGCCGUGACCCACGCAUGGCCAGACAUGGCUCUGGCAUUAACAUCCCAUACUCUGCUCAGGAAAAAACAACAAACAGCAUUUCAGAAUCCCUCCCAGCUCCCAUCAUUGCUCCUUUGGAUGUUGGAGCCAAGACACCCCUUCCUAUGCCUCCUGCUCCUCCAACCUCAUUGGUCUUGUCCAAACCAUCUAAAACUAGUACCUCUGAGCCUCCUGCUGAGGGGGAAACUGCAAUCUUCCUCCAUGGCCAAGAGAAGAUUUGGAAAGGGUUCAUUAACAUGCAGUCUGUGGCCAAAUUUGUAACCAAAGCUUACCUGGUUUCAGGCUCUUUUGAGUACCUUAAAGAAGAUUUGCCAGACACUAUUCAUGUUGGUGGACGCAUCUCUCCAAACACAGUGUGGGACUAUGUUGGGAAGUUGAAAACUUCAUUAUCCAAGGAGCUGUGUUUAAUCAGAUUCCAGCCAGCCACUGAGGAGGAAGAAGUGGCUUAUGUGUCACUCUUCUGUUACUUUAGCAGCAGGAAAAGAUUUGGUGUGGUUGCUAACAGCAACCGGCGUAUCAAAGAUCUCUAUCUAAUUCCUUUGGGCUCCAAGGACCCAUUGCCGUCCAAACUCUUACCAUUUGAUGGACCAGGACUCGAGCCAGCUCGGCCCAACCUUCUUCUCGGUCUCUUGAUCUGCCAGAAAGACAAAAAGCGUGCUGGUAUUCCACUGGAAACUGAUGAGAAACGGCCUAAGAUACAAAUUAAAGAAGUUGAUGAUACUAGUCAUCCUAAGCUACCAGCAUCAGUCAAAGUGGAGCGAAGCACACGCCAAAGUUUGGAAAUUCCCUUCAGUACUACUCCUCCAGGGUCACCUCCUAGCAGCUCCUCUGAAACGCCAAGUGUUCCUCUGGCCACCUCAUCUGUCCUUUCUGUGUUGCCAUCUGCGAAAGCACCUGCCACAUCAUCGGUCAUAGGUGUGGAAUCCACAUCAUCAUCCAACUCUAUGCCUGCGUCUGCAGCAACUGCCACUCCUCUUCAGACCAUACUGAACACUCUCUUUGGGAAGAAAAAGCAUGAUUCGGAAGCUUCAAGUUCCAACUCUCCAUCUGAACAGGGUGCGGAAUCUUCCAAACCACGUGCUACAAUGCUAGAUCCAAUUGUCCAGCAGUUUGCACAAAUUUCAAAAGAGAAACGGGUAGAGGAGGAUGAAGAUGAUCGACCAUAUGACCCAGAGGAAGAAUAUGACCCGAGUAUGGGAUACAGUGUGCCUAAAAAAACAGUUGAGGUAUUAAAUAAACCGGAAGUUGUACCAAAUGAAAGUGAUGAUAUUGCAUAUGACCCUGAAGAUGAUUCAAUUUUUGAUGAAGUCAAAACUACUGUAUCCGAUGAAACGGGAAAAUCUUCAUGUGAGAAAAUUCCCGAUGCUGAUAAAAUUUUGGAUAGCCAGGAAGAAAAUAAUAACAUUUUACAGAAACAAGAAGAGGAAAUGCCACCUACUGACUCAUCUGGUGUCUCAAAAACUCCUUCAACCCUUUUGGCCGGCGGUCAGUUACUGCAGCUCGGCAAAAAAGUAGAAGAUCUUGUGAAGUCUUCAUCUGCUGCACCCUCAAUCAAUCAAAAGAGAGAUCCUCGGCAGAACCGUGAAUCUCCCCCAGUGAUAGAAACAACAGCUGAACCACACUGCAAGGAUGAGUUGCCCUCAGAUGCACCUUCUCCAUCACAGCAGUCAAUUAUAAAAACACUUUUGCCUCCUCUUGCUCACCAUCUAGAUUCCUCAGAAGACUCAGAGACGUCAUUACCUAUGGAGCAGGAGAAAUCUGAGACAUUGCCUUUAAUGGACACUGUAAAGGAAGAAGUGUCAAUACCUUUAUUAGGAGAGACCAUAGAGCCUGAUCUGGAGUAUGGCUACCUUCAAGAAAAAGAAGUGAAAAUGAGAGAAGAGCAACCUGAAAUGGUUCGAGCUGAAAUAGAGACAGACAAGUACAGUAUUUGGCCAAAUGCUGCAAGUAUUUUGAAAAGUAAUGAGGAUUCGGAAAGUGAUGAUAGUAGCCAAGACACAGAAAAAUUUAGCUCAUUUAUUGAGCCACCAAGCUCCUCAAUUACUUCCACAAUCCCAGUUCUCACUCCAAGUUUAGCUAUGAGUGACACUCAUUCCCAUCAUCCGAGACACCGCAUAGCAACAUUUGAAAAUGAGUAUAGACGGCCAACUGACAUUCCUCCACCACCUAAAUUUCUCCCACCUCAAACAAUACAUGGACAGAAUCCCGUGAUGAGGCCUCCACCAAUGUCAAUACCACCACCCAUACAAGGUCUUCCUUCAAUGUCAGUGCAACAGUCUAUGCAAGGACCCCCGCCAGCUAUCCAUCAUCCUCCCAACGUACUUGGUCCUCCAAUUCAAGCUGACAAAACAUCCCAGUAUGGCCAACCUCCGACUCCAUUCCCCCCCUAUCAAAACCAGUGGACACGCACGCAACUACCACCACCACAAAUACCACAGCAGCCACUGUCAAGACCACCACCCCAGAACCUUGUACCAACUACAGUACCACCACAACUACCACUGUACCCACCAGUUACGCAGAGAGGUCCACCACCUCAAAUUUUUGAUCCUCUUAUCCCCCCUCAGCAUACUGGACAACAAGGCCCACCUCCAGGUUUUCCCCCACCACCUACUUUUGAUGUACAGAAUCAACUCCCGCCUCCACGAUUUACUGGUCCGCCGCCACCAUUUAAUUUUCCUGGAAACAGAGGUCCUCCUCCACCUUUUACAGGACCACCACCAGGACAUUUUGAUAGUAGGCCUCCUACUCUUACCCAGUUUUCAGGGCCAAGAGGUCCCAUACUACCUCAGUAUGGUGACCGUUCAAAUCAAAGUACAAUUCAUGUUGUAGACCAAAACCGUAGCCCCAGGGAUCAGUAUAAUAAAGAUAGUCACGCAUUCACACAUGUGGACCAACAUCAAAAUCAUCCUCAGCAUAUUUUCAAAGACAGCCAACCUCCUGCUUACAGGGGGCUUCCACCUAGCCAAUACGAUGAAUCAAGAGGGCCACCUUCACGUUUGGAGAUGAGCGGACAACAAGUCAAUCCAAAUAAGUUCGGGGUUCCUAGGCUACACUCACCACCCCAUAGAGGAGUUUUGAAUGAGCACAGAGCUCUUUCUCCUCUACAGGAUAGUAGAGGACUCCACGAUCAGUCUCAGUCUUUUGGUGGAUCGGAACGUUACCGCUUUGAUAGGUUUUCAGACGAAGGCAGACCUGCUCGUCAUAGUGGCCCACUUCUACCGACCCCUACAGAAACUCCUAUUGUUCCUCCAAAUCGCAUGGGAGGGCACAGUCCGGAACCACGGCGAGAGGACUACUGGCGCCGACAUUCCCCUGAAGUCAUGAGGAGAAGCAGCACCAACCGAGAGGGCCCAGAACCACAAAGUACAGAACUCUUCAGUCACUUUGAAGUAGGGCUCAGAGAACAGGGUCCGAGCUCCUCCCAAUUAUUAGAGGAAAGACUCAAGGAUCUCUCUGAAAACAGAAGAGACAGAGACAGGGAUAUCUCUGCUUCUCUGAGACCCUUGUGGGAUAGGAGUCAGGGCAAGCGGUGGAGCAGAGAACGAGAGUGGGACAGAAGCAGGGAGAGAGAUAUUGAUAGCCGAGAACGGGAGCGCAGCAAAGGAAAGGAGAGCGAGAAACACAAUGAGGCAGAGGUUGAGCAACACAGGGAUCAAGACACCGAUAAGAGGAGAGACCGUGACAGAGAAAGAGAGAGGGACAAGGACAGGCCCAGGGACUCUGACAGAAGGGAUUAUGAUCGUGAAAGGGGAAGAAUCCGCGACAAAGAGCGAGAACGGGACCGAGAGAAGCAGCAUGACAGGUCUCGAAGUAGAGAACGUGAUAGAGGUAAAGAUAAAGACCGGGAGCGAGACAGAGACCGGGAGCGAGACAGAGACCGGGAGCGAGACAGAGACCGGGAGCGGGACAGAGACCGGGAGCGGGACAGAGACCGGGAGCAAGACCGAGAACGGGAGAAAGACCGAGAACGGGAGAAAGACCGAGAACGGGAGAAAGACAGAGACCGGGAGAAAGACAGAAGCCGGGAGAAAGACAGAAGCCGGGAGAAGGAGCGAGAUAGAGACCGAGAUAAAGACCGUGGCAGAGACCGCCAAGAAACAAGCAAAACCAGAGAAAGGAAAGAAGAGAAAAAUAUUAAACAUGAAAAAUCUAAGGCAAAAGAAAAGACUGCAGAAAAUGAUAAAAUCUCAUCCUAA